CAGCAAGAGGAGUCGAGCCCAGAGGCAGCGGUGGCCGGGGAACCCAUGCGUACAGUCAAGGAGGCAGCAAGAAGAAAGUCUGCUACGACUACGAUGGUGAUAUUGGAAAUUAUUAUUAUGGGCAGGGUCAUCCCAUGAAACUGCACAGAAUCCGCAUGACCCAUAACUUGCUGUUAAAUUAUGGCUUAUACAGAAAAAUGGAAAUAUAUAGGCCCCAUAAAGCUACUGCCGAAGAAAUGACAAAAUACCACAGUGAUGAGUAUAUACAAUUUCUACGGUCAAUAAGACCAGAUAACACGUCUGAGUAUAGUAAGCAGAUGCAGAGAUUUAAUGUUGGAGAGGAUUGGCCAGCGUUUGAUGGACUCUUUGAGUUUUGUCAGCUCUCAACCUGUGGCUCAGUUGCUGGGGCCAUGAAGUUAAACAGACAACAAACUGAUAUGGCUGUUAAUUGGGCUGGAGGAUUACAUCAUGCUAAAAAAUCAGAAGCAUCAGGGUUCUGUUAUGUUAAUGAUAUUGUGCUUGCCAUUCUUGAAUUACUAAAGUAUCAUCAGAGAGUCAUAUAUGUUGAUAUAGAUAUCCAUCAUGGUGAUGGUGUUGAAGAAGCUUUUUAUACAACAGAUCGUGUAAUGACUGUACCAUUCCAUAAAUAUGGGGAAUACUUUCCUGGCACAGGAGACUUGAGGGAUAUUGGUGCUGGGAAAGGAAAAUACUAUGCUGUCAAUUUUCCAAUGAGAGAUGGUAUAGAUGAUGAGUCAUAUGGGCGGAUAUUUAAGCCUAUUAUUUCAAAAGUGAUAGAGAUGUAUCAGCCUAGUGCUGUGGUAUUACAGUGUGGUGCAGACUCAUUAUCUGGUGAUAGACUUGGUUGUUUCAAUCUAACAGUCAAAGGUCAUGCGAAAUGUGUUGAAGUUGUAAAAACUUUUAACUUACUAUCACUGAUGCUUGGAGGAGGUGGCUACACAAUUUGUAAUGUUGCUCGAUGUUGGACAUAUGAGACUGCUGUUGCCCUUGAUUGUGAGAUUUCUAAUGAGUUGCCAUAUAAUGAUUACUUUGAGUAUUUUGGACCGGACUUCAAACUGCAUAUUAGUCCUUCAAACAUGACAAACCAGAACACUCCAGAAUAUAUGGAAAAGAUAAAAGAGCGUUUAUUUGAAAAUUUGCGCAUGUUGCCUCAUGCACCUGGUGUCCAAAUGCAAGCUAUUCUGGAAGGUGCUGUUCAUGAAGACAGUGGAGAUGAAGAUGGAGACGAUCCAGACAAGAGAAUUUCUAUUUGAGCAUCGGACAAGCGGAUAGCUUGUGAUGAAGAAUUUUUAGAUUCUGAAGGUGAAGGAGAAGAAGGUUGUAGAAAUGUGGCUGAUCAUAAGAAAGGAGCAAAGAAAGCUAGAAUUGAAGAAGAUAAGAAGGAAACAGAGGACAAAAAAGCAGAUGAUGUCCCAGAGGAGGAAUACCAGAUGGUGGUAGACACUACUUGUGAAAUGUUCUCCCUUAAAAGUUACAUGAAAGGGUUAAACCACAACUUUAGUUUUUAA